AUGGCCGCCAACCAGAUCGCAGAGCCAUUUGACCUCAUCCGCGUCUCGCUGUCCGAGCGCGUCUUUGUCAAGCUGCGAGGAGACCGCGAGCUGAGGGGUGUCCUCCAUGCCUACGACGGACACAUGAACAUGAUCCUGAGCGAGGUGGAAGAGACGAUUUACGUCGUCGACGCGGACGAGGCUUCGGGAGACAACGUUGUGCGGACGGUCAAGCGCAACUGUGACAUGCUGUUCGUGCGAGGCGACGGUGUUGUUCUCGUCGCGCCUCCCGCACGAUAG